AUGUCGGACAGACAAGGACAUCGAGACGUGAUUAGAUAUGAUCCGAUAUUACACGGCGUAGAGCCUGGAGAGUAUCUCUACGAUAAAUCCGUUAUUGAUAAGGGGGAUGCACAGAUCAAAGAUCCAUCUUCUCGAAUCCGCUUUGAUGAGUAUUACUCUGACGACGACUGGUACCCGACUAUGGACUCGCAUUCUAGUGAUUUCGAACAAAAUGCUGGAGAAUCUUCGAAAACACCGGCCAAAAGUGCGAACGAUAAUCGUGAAUUCAACAUGCAAUAUACAGAGCCACCCUUGAAAGAUGGACCAGGGUUUGCGAUCCUCAACGAGCACAACAUAUACGAUACCGAGUUUCCGGACAAUCAUGAUUACAUGAUAUGCAACUAUCCAGGUCCUUGCCGAAAAAAUUCACCCAAUUUCAAAGAGAAAUACCGUACGAAAGAUGACAAGAGGAUGGUUCAUCACUGGGUAAAGAUACAUGGCCAAAAGCCGCCUCCUGAUGCACAAAAGAAGCCUUGCCCCUCGUGUGCUAGAACAUUCUACCAUGCCUGGCCACUGACCAAACAUAAAGCUGCCAACGAAUGUAAAAGGGGAGCACCACGCAAGGGACACUAG